GUUCGUAGUCAAUGCGUGGGCGGCCUCUGGCUGGACGACAGUGAAGAAGGCCCUGCUGGGCGCGUGCGGGGCCGAAGCUAUGCCCGACAAGCGCGACGUGAAACGAGUGGAGAAGAUGCUGGUCGGUCAGAGCUUAAAGGGCGACGUGAAAUGCACGGGCGAUUACGAGUGGGGGCGAGGCCUGGGCUGCGAAGUCUCGUACCUGGAGGAAGAAGAGUAUGAGGGCGACCAGGGGUGCGACUACGAGGGGCACGACGAGGAGGCCGACGUCGCGGAGGAGCUGCCGCAGGUGGUCGAGGAGGCCCGAGUGGCGCGCGACGAGGCCUACCUCAGCUUCGCGGAUGCGAAGAAGCGUCUGGCGGAAAUCGCCAAAUCCAGAGGUUUCUGUCCGAUCAUCGCCCUCGUGCCCGGGAACAACUGCCAGCGCGACGGCCGCGCGAGGUUCAAGCGCUUCAGGCGCGGAGGCUUCGCCAGGCCCGACGACGAGGCACGCGUGGUGGGGGGUGCUGAGACGCUGAAGUGUGCCAACUGGACCGAGGAAGUCUUCCUGCUGACCAUGGGCGAAAGCAUCAGCGAUAGAGGCGCCGCGCGGCCCGUCGCGGGCGACGAGGUCGAGUGCAGCAAGGGUGAUCGACGCAAGACGGUAAGACGCAUUUGCUGCGUGAGGUCCGGUUCGGAGAUGGCAAGACGUAAGCAAGCGGUGGCGCUGACGGUGUGGCCGUUCGGCGCCAAGAAGCAGAUCACGCUCGAUGUCGUCGAAGGUUGGGCGCCGCUGCUGAUCGCGCGACACUGCGUGGAAGAGUGGGGCUUGAUCCAGGACUGCCGAUCCGGAGUGUUCGCGAUGAGGGAUCUCCCCAACAAGGGCUGGAUGAAGCACGAGCGUGACGAGAUGGGUCAUUUCAUCAUCGACCUGUUGGGUGGAGCUGGGCGCGACGCCGACGGCGCCGCGAACGAGGGGGCCCCCGCCGACGGCGAGGACAGGAGCAGCGACUCGACGGACAAGGGCACUGAAGGAAACUCGUUUAAGGGCGACGACGGCGACGACGGGGGCUCGUUGGCGCCUGACCCCGGCGCCCCUUGCCAUGAGACGCCGACGGAGUUCUACGAGAUCGGCGGCGACGACGAGACCCUGGCCGCGGAAGAUGUCAUGGGCCCGGGGCCCCACCUGAUGGACGCGGGCACCUACUCGGACCUGAUCCUGGCGCUGGAGCAGGCGGCGCCUGGCAUGAAGGACGCGCUGCGCGGGCCGCGCAAGAGGUGUCCGCAGAUCGAGGUGGUCCAGUUCAGGAUCGAGGACGGUUGGGGCGUCUCCAAGCCUGCCGUGAUCCACGAUUUCCUGAGCAAGAUCGACAACGACGAGGCCGUCGAUAUCUGCUGCGCUCCCCCGUGCAAGCACUGGUGCUCCCGGCAGCGCGUGAACGAGCGGACGAAGACACGGGAGGAGUUGCCAGGAUAUCACGUCAGGCUCGACCAGUGCAGGUUAGGAGAAAUGUGCGCGAUCCAGGAGAAAGACGUGCCAUGCCAGAAGCCCGCGAGACUGCAGUCGACCAACAAGGAGUUCAUUCAGCGCAUGAUCCUGGCAUGCGCGCGUGCCGGUGACCGCGUGAUCCCGCGGGGCAAGCUCGCCAAGCAGGCUCAGAACUUCCCGAGACCGAUGGCGAAAGGGAUGGCCUACCUGAUCGCGUGCCAGGGCAUUGCCGACGACGUCAGCGACGUCGGCGCGGCCGAAGAGGUUCACGAGGACGUCGACGCCAUCGAGUGCGCCGACGUGAUUCAGGAGCUGAUGAGGCGGUUCAACGCGUCGACGAUCCGAGCAGUCAAGCGUGCCAAUGUCAGCCUGGGCCACCCUUCGAACGCAGCGCUGGCGGUCGCCAUGCAGCGCGGGGGUGCCCCGGCACAGGUCCGAGCGGUUUGCGUCGCAGUGUUGCCGAGGGCCGAGAGUUUCGACGAGGUGGUCUGCGCCGACGUGUACAACGUCGCGUGGAAGAAGAAGGAUAUACAUAUCCUGGCCAUUAUGGGCGAGUUCGCGCGCGACGAGGUCGACUGCCCGAUCUCGAGGCAGACGUUCCUGAAGGAGACGAAGCUAUGCGGGGAACUCAGGAUCAGCUGGGCCGGCAAUCCUGAGGCGAUGCGCAGGGGCGUGGGGGUUUUACGCGCGGCCAAGCGCGCGCGCGCCUUGAUGGGCAAGCGCGGCGUCAAGCUCGACCUGAUCCCGAAAAGUGCGCGCCGCAGGUUCCACAGGUUAGGCCUGGUGGAGCGGAGCCGCGCGAUCAGGAGGGAACGGCUUUGCGAGUGCCACCUGCAGUUCGCCGACGACUCGCUUAAGGCCGCCGCGGUGGCGCGGGCGGCGGCCGCCGGGCAUCUCGGGCCCCCCCGCGCUCCGCAGUGGGGGCCGCUGUUUGUGGCCGCCCGCGUGGGGCACCAGCGCGUGCCGCCGAUGGGGAAGGCCGUGGUGGCCACCGCAUGGGUCGCGGCGGCCUCGCCCGGUGGCAAGGGGGGCCCGGCGCGCGCGGGUUUCUCCGUGACAGUGAGUGGAGCGGGGUGA